CCGGAGCCGGGAGGGAGCUAAGCAUCGCGGACAGUGAGCGAGAUGCAGCACCGAGCCUUCCUCCUCCUCGCCCUCCUCGCCCUCCUGGCACUCACUUCCACGGCGGCCAAAAAGAAAGACAAGGCGAAGAAGGGCGGCCCGGGCGGCCAGUGCGCCGAGUGGGCCUGGGGGCCCUGCACCCCCAGCAGCAAGGACUGCGGCGUGGGUUUCCGCGAGGGCACCUGCGGAACCCAGACUCAGCGCAUCCGGUGCAGAGUACCCUGCAACUGGAAGAAGGAGUUUGGAGCCGACUGUAAGUACAAGUUUGAGAACUGGGGGGCGUGCGAUGGGGGCACUGGCACCAAGGCCCGCCAGGGCACCCUGAAGAAAGCACGGUAUAACGCCCAGUGCCAGGACACCAUUCUCGUGAUGAAGCCUUGCACCCCGAAGACCAAAGCCAAGGCCAAAGCCAAGAAGGGGAAGGGGAAGGACUAGAGGCCAGGUCUGGGUGCCAGCGCCCCCUGGCCUGCCCCUCCAGAGAUGUAACCCACCAGUGCCUUCGUCCCACUCGUUAGCUUUAUCAAUCACACCUGCCUCUUCCCCUGCCCCUCACACUCCCACCCCCACACUCCAAGUGGAGAGGACCAGGGUUUCUGGAAAGCUCCAGGCUCCUCCCAAACGGAUUUCACUCACACAUGCUCCCCACAACCUUUUGUACUUUCCCACAUGGCGCCAUUACUAAGAAACAAAUAAACCGUUUCCGUCCCGAUAAAA